UUUUUCGGACCAUGACGUCAAGGUGGGCUGGUGGCUGCAGGUGCGGGCUUGACAAGCAUGCUCCUUUAAGGCGGAGGGAUCCACGGGAGGGCGGCUGUUCUGUGCUUCGCCUUAUAUAGGGAGCCUUGGGGGCACGCAGCAGCUCUUUCUAGUCACUCUGGCGCAGCGUUUGUGCCUCCUGGUUAUCAGAAACCGAGCCCACGUUGUUCUCUAAUACGUGUAAGCGUUUUUUUUUCAAGAUGCCUGAGGAAGUGCACCAUGGAGAGGAGGAGGUGGAGACUUUUGCCUUUCAGGCAGAAAUUGCCCAACUCAUGUCUCUCAUCAUCAAUACCUUCUAUUCCAACAAGGAGAUUUUCCUUCGGGAGUUGAUCUCUAAUGCUUCUGAUGCCUUGGACAAGAUUCGCUAUGAGAGCCUAACAGACCCUUCGAAGUUGGACAGUGGUAAAGAGCUGAAAAUUGACAUCAUCCCCAACCCUCAGGAACGUACCCUGACUUUGGUAGACACAGGCAUUGGCAUGACCAAAGCUGAUCUCAUAAAUAAUUUGGGAACCAUUGCCAAGUCUGGUACUAAAGCAUUCAUGGAGGCUCUUCAGGCUGGUGCAGACAUCUCCAUGAUUGGACAGUUUGGUGUUGGCUUUUAUUCUGCCUACCUGGUGGCAGAGAAGGUGGUUGUGAUCACAAAGCACAACGAUGAUGAACAGUAUGCUUGGGAGUCUUCUGCUGGAGGUUCCUUCACUGUGCGGGCUGACCAUGGUGAGCCCAUUGGCAGAGGUACCAAAGUGAUCCUCCAUCUUAAAGAAGAUCAGACAGAGUACUUAGAAGAGAGGCGCGUCAAAGAAGUAGUGAAGAAGCACUCUCAGUUCAUAGGCUAUCCCAUCACCCUUUAUUUGGAGAAGGAGCGAGAGAAGGAAAUUAGUGAUGAUGAGGCAGAGGAAGAGAAAGGUGAGAAAGAAGAGGAAGAUAAAGAUGAUGAAGAAAAGCCCAAGAUCGAAGAUGUGGGUUCAGAUGAGGAGGAUGACAGUGGUAAGGAUAAGAAGAAGAAAACUAAGAAGAUCAAAGAGAAAUACAUUGAUCAGGAAGAGCUAAACAAGACCAAGCCUAUUUGGACCAGAAACCCUGAUGACAUCACCCAAGAGGAGUAUGGAGAAUUCUACAAGAGCCUCACCAAUGACUGGGAAGACCACUUGGCAGUCAAGCACUUUUCUGUAGAAGGUCAGUUGGAAUUCAGGGCAUUGCUAUUCAUUCCUCGUCGGGCUCCCUUUGACCUUUUUGAAAACAAGAAGAAAAAGAACAACAUCAAACUCUAUGUCCGUCGUGUGUUCAUCAUGGACAGCUGUGAUGAGUUAAUACCAGAGUAUCUCAAUUUUAUUCGUGGUGUGGUUGACUCUGAGGAUCUGCCCCUGAACAUCUCCCGAGAAAUGCUCCAGCAGAGCAAAAUCUUGAAAGUCAUUCGUAAAAACAUUGUUAAGAAGUGUCUUGAGCUCUUCUCUGAGCUGGCAGAAGACAAGGAGAAUUACAAGAAAUUCUAUGAGGCAUUCUCUAAAAAUCUCAAGCUUGGAAUCCACGAGGACUCCACUAAUCGCCGCCGCCUGUCUGAGCUGCUGCGCUAUCACACCUCCCAGUCUGGAGAUGAGAUGACAUCUUUGUCAGAGUAUGUUUCUCGCAUGAAGGAGACACAGAAGUCCAUCUAUUACAUCACUGGUGAGAGCAAAGAGCAGGUGGCCAACUCAGCUUUUGUGGAGCGAGUGCGGAAACGGGGCUUCGAGGUGGUAUAUAUGACCGAGCCCAUUGACGAGUACUGUGUGCAGCAGCUCAAGGAGUUUGAUGGGAAGAGCCUGGUCUCAGUUACCAAGGAGGGUCUGGAGCUGCCUGAGGAUGAGGAGGAGAAGAAAAAGAUGGAAGAGAGCAAGGCAAAGUUUGAGAACCUUUGCAAGCUCAUGAAAGAAAUCUUAGAUAAGAAGGUUGAGAAGGUGACAAUCUCCAAUAGGCUUGUGUCUUCACCCUGCUGCAUUGUGACCAGCACCUAUGGCUGGACAGCCAAUAUGGAGCGGAUCAUGAAAGCCCAGGCACUUCGGGACAACUCCACUAUGGGCUAUAUGAUGGCCAAAAAGCACCUGGAGAUCAACCCCGACCACCCCAUUGUGGAGACUCUGCGGCAGAAGGCUGAGGCCGACAAGAAUGAUAAGGCAGUUAAGGACCUGGUGGUGCUGCUGUUUGAAACCGCCCUGCUCUCUUCAGGCUUUUCCCUUGAGGAUCCCCAGACCCACUCCAACCGCAUCUACCGCAUGAUCAAGCUAGGUCUAGGUAUUGAUGAAGAUGAAGUGGCAGCAGAGGAACCCAGUGCUGCAGUUCCUGAUGAGAUCCCCCCUCUUGAGGGCGAUGAGGAUGCGUCUCGCAUGGAAGAAGUCGAUUAGAAGUUCAUAGUUGGAAAACUUGUGCCCUUGUAUAGUGUCCCUGUGGCUCCCACCGCAGCCUCAAGUGCCCCUGUCCCACCUGGCUCCCCCUGCUGAUGUCUAGUGUUGUUUUUCCUCUCCUGUCUUUUUGUUGAAGGCAGGAAACCAAGGGUGUCAAGCCCCAUUCCCUCUCUACUCUGACAGCAGGAUUGGAUGUUGUGUGUUGUGGUUUAUUUUAUUUUCUUCAUUUUGUUCUGAAAUUAAAGUAUGCAAAAUAAAGAAUAUGCCGUUUUUAUACA